GAGCCAUCUCUUUUUUUCUCUUCCUCUCCCCGCCUCUCCGAUGUUCCUCUUCUUCUUCGUCUCCGCCUCGGAUGCGGUUCGCGCCCUCUCCGAACCCUAGCCGUGGCGCCGCCGAUCGGCCUCCGACGAAGCGACGAUAGGAUCCUCCGCGACAUGGAAUAGGGCGCGGUGGCGGUCGUGGCGGUGGCGAUCUAUCAAUCGAACGAAGUAGGGCGAAGAGCGAGCUCCGGCCAUGGCCGCGGGGGGGAAGGGGGCGGUGGAGAGGGUCCGGAGAGGGCUCCGCACGGCGCUCUUCAUGUUAACGAUGGCGGCGUCGCUGCUCGUCGCGUCGGCGCCGGUGCUCGUGGCGGUGGGGGACGUGGCGGUGUCGCUCGUGCUCGCGUCGAGGCUCGCGUGCGCGAGGUGCUACGGCGUGAGGGCCCACGUGGAGAGGUACGGCUUCAAGAGCUCGUUAAUGGACGUACCCCUCGUCUCCAUCCUCCGAUCCCUCAUAAUCACAUGUGUGUAUUCUAUGUGUGAUAGUCCCGGGCUUUCUCAUGGCCCUUAUCUUGGAUCUGCAACAGUAUGUUCCUUAGCUUCUGUUCUCAUUUUAGCAAUCAAAGCUUGCGUUUAUACGCCUCCAUCUGACGUCGGUCUUGGAGCUCCGCCAUCUAUGGCUAGCCACAAGCUGCAUUUGAAGAGAUCAUGGGGAAUGCCCGUUCUUUUCCUCUCUUCAUUGGUUUUCGCUCUUGGUCACGUUGUCGUCGCGUACAGAACAAGCUGCAGAGCUCGCAGGAGGCUUCUAUUUCAUCGUCUAGACCCUGAAGCUGUUUUGGCUGGCAAGAACGUCUAUUCUGGAUACCACAAAGUUUCUCGUUCUUCCAUACCUUGCACUGGAAAAUUUUACUCGAAGAGUGAUAGUGAAACAAGGAGAAAGGCCGUAGUUCGUAAUGAUCGAGAUCUUCCGAUCAGUAUGCUUGCAGACAGUGACAGCUUGUUCAUUGCGUGCCAAGGGCUUACAGUACAUUAUAAGAUUAGUUAUUUUGAUUCGCCGCUUUCUCUUUCCUUAGCCUCCUCAGCGCUACGUGAAAGUUGCAAUAGUGUAACUCCAUCAAGCACUUCCUUGGGAAGGCUUAAAGUUGAAAGUCAUAUCAAUAGGAGCUUUACUAACCAAUACCAUAAUAGCUCUUUAUAUGCUCCACUUUUGGCAGAAUCUGCAACCUCCCCCAAUUCUUUAUCAAAUGAAAUUCCUCAAAUGAGUCUUGAUGGCAGUAGUGAUGAAUGUUCAAGUAAACCAGUGAAUUUCAGAGUUGAGGUAGAGGAAAAGGGGAAGUUUGCUAUUGUCUUGGUACAUGGGUUUGGAGGAGGAGUGUUCGCAUGGAGGCAUGUUAGUAGUGUACUUGCUAGGCAGGUGGGCUGCACAGUUGCCGCUUUUGAUCGACCUGGAUGGGGAUUGACUUCUCGACCACGUAGAAAGGAUUGGGAGGAUAAGCAAUUGCCAAACCCAUAUAAGCUUGAAUCACAGGUUGAUCUUCUUAUCGCUUUCUGUUCGGAAAUGGGCUUUUCUUCUGUAGUUUUUGUUGGUCAUGAUGAUGGAGGCCUUCUUGCACUGAAGGCAGCUGAGAAAAUUCAGACCUUUGUAGAUUGCAAAGUGGAAGUAAAGGGAGUGGUUCUAGUAAGCGUCAGCUUAUCCAGAGAAGUUGUCCCUGCCUUUGCCCGGAUACUUCUGCAUACUCCGCUAGGGAAGAAGCACAUGGUUCGCCCUCUGCUCCGUACUGAGAUUACUCAAGUUAUUAACCGUCGUGCAUGGCAUGAUCCCACUAAGUUCACAUCAGAGGUUCUGAGCCUCUACAAGGUCAAGGCACCAUUGUUCGCAGAGGGUUGGGAUGAAGCGCUUCACGAGAUCGGACGGCUGUCCUUUGCAACAGUUCUCUCAGCGCAAAAUGCAGCAUCGUUACUAAAAUCCAUCGAGGACCUUCCUGUUCUGGUUAUAGCCGGUGCUGAGGAUGUGCUCGUGCCUCUCAAGUCGGCCCAAGCCAUGGCUUCCCAGCUCGUGAACUCUAGAGUUGUUGCAAUUUCCGGCUGCGGGCAUUUACCGCACGAGGAGUGUCCGAAGGCGCUCCUUUCGGCCCUCUCUCCUUUCAUAUCGAGAUUGCUAUCUUCGGCAGACGCUUUACAAAGACAUUAGCAUUUUCUUUUUUCAUUUCCUUUAUUGUUUCUCCUGCAAUGAGAAGAGUAGAUCUCGCCCUUUCUCUCUUUCUCUCUCUCAUGGUUUGAGUCCUUAGUCCUGGAGCCAGACCCACUACUUGGCGGGGUACUAGAGCUCCCGUAAUUUUGUCGUGGUGUUUUUACAGCCGUUCAUGUAAUCUCUCUGUUAGAGUUAUUUCUAUUAAGCAAGUUAGAUUUGUACAGCAGGCAAUGCAUAACCAUUAACAUCGCAUUGUGGAGCGCAUCUCAGUUUAAUUACUGGUUGGCAUGUAUCAUCGAGAUUGUAUUGAUUAUUAGUAUUCUAAAUCGCAUUGCUACCGAUGUCAAUUUGGCGUGA